CAUUUUGGAGACGGGAAACUGGCGGUGCUGCUGGUGAGGUGAUGAACUUCACCUUCAUUCAUGCAUGCCAUCAUGCCAUCAUAUCCGACACUAGUGCCAUAGAAUCAUAAACACAGAAGCCUGAAAUAUAGAUGCGUUCCUGAAAUCAUACCUGUAGCCGACUUAUAGGCACCCCAUAGGAAUUUAAUGUUGUCAGUGCAGUAUGGUCUUACUUGUUUUGAUCGUAAAGCAAAUGCACUCAUUUGUUCACAGAAGCCUAAUUGUGACAAGGUGUGUAGUAAUGAGUGUAAUUACUGAGUAAACAUAAAUAGGUGAAUUACGACCGUGCGUAAUGCAGAACUUCACAAUGGAUGCGCUGGCACUCCUUGAAGAUUACGCAAACGGCAGGAUCAGGAUGGAGAGAGUUUUUAGAGACCAUCAAGAUUUCCUGGCCAACGAUGAUGACUGGCUGAUAUGCCGAUUUAGAUUUCCUAGAGCAGUGCUCUUAAAUCUAUGUGCUGAGUUGGGCCCAGUGUUGGAGCGAUCAACCCGCCGGAACCAUGCCAUACCCGCGCAUAUGCAGGUGCUGACAACUCUCGGGAUUCUGGCAACCGGCUCUUUCCAGCGGGAAUUAGCCGACAGGUCUGGAAUAUCUCAGCCAUCGCUGAGUAAUGUAAUGCCUGCCGUUUUGGAUGGCAUUAUUAAAAUGAGCAGUCGAUACAUAAAGUUUCCAUACACUGUAGGGGAACAGGCCAACAUUAAAAGGCAAUUUGCAGCAUCAACUUGUUUCCCAAAUGUAAUCGGCGCGAUUGACUGCACUCACGUUGCUAUAAGGGCUCCAAGUCAGAAUGAGUUUGUCUACGUUAACCGAAAAAAUGUGCAUUCAGUUAACGUGCAAGUCAUUUCCGACUCAAACUUGCUUCUGACAAAUUUAGUGGCACGGUGGCCUGGGUCAACCCAUGAUUCAUUCAUCCUGGCACACAGCAGUGUAGGGAAUAGACUGCAGGCAGGUGCUUCGCGGGAUGGGUGGCUUCUCGGUGACAGUGGCUAUCCCCUGAGACGCUGGCUCCUCACGCCUUUUGCGAACCCGCAAAGCGCAGAGGAGGCGCGCUUCAAUUCCGUCCACGUUCGUGCGCGCUCUGUUGUGCUGAUGCCACUACCGAGGCCGCCAAAUAAUAUGUUUUUGCGAGCCUCCACCUCACCAACAAGUACCUCCACCUCCGUCUCCGUAAAAUUACGCUUCCUCGUCUUUUCGGUUGCCAUGAUUUAGGUUUAAAUAGCAGAGAUCAGCUGGUUCAUUUAUAUGCAGAAAUGUCCAUGAGGUGCUUUGCAUUGACCAUUUAUAGUAGAAUGUGGGCGUGUAGGGGGCGGGCUAGCAGCAGAAUUCACUUGCGCAAGCUUUCAGGCAGAGUGUGAUUUAUAAAGGGAAAAUUGCUUGCACCUGUGCGCACGCACGGUUUUAUAAAUCAGAAUAUUUUGUUGCUUACGCAAACUCUGGAUUCUUGGCGGACGUCCACUUUUAGUAGGAAUCCUACGCAGAGUUUUAUAAAUGAGCACCCAGAUCCAUAACUGUGAUCAGAGAUAGAAGAGAUAAGAAGCAUGCUGCAGUUUAUAUUAGAAUUAUGAUCAAAUAUCUUCAUACUUCAGUAGAAAAUACCCUCAGCCUGCUUCGGUACUGCUGAGUCAGUGGCUGCCAGCUCUGAAAAACUGGUUGAAAGUCCCUCCCCUUCCGCUACGUCAGCAAGA